UUGCGGCCGCCGAGGCGCUGCCACCCAGCCCCACCCCAGGCGACCCUGCGUGGAGCCGCGGGAGACCCGAGCGGGAGGUGCAGGAUGGACAAGAGGGACAAGUCCAGGGCAGGGGCCGCCGCGCGGACGCCGGCUUCUCGCCCUUCCGGCCUUGCGACCCCCAGGCCCCCAGGGUCUCCAAGACCCCCUCCUCCAGUAACCAGCGCAGCUCUCCGAGUACUGGGAGCAGCGGGAGCUGCAGGGCGAGGGCCCCUGGCCGACAGAGCCGGGGGCAUCCGGGCAGCCGUUCUCCCGGAAGCAACUCCCCGCGUGGGACCCAUGCGGAGCGCGGGGACAGGUCCCCGGAGCCCAGCCUCCAGGCCCCCAGUGGCAGGGCGAGGGGAGCGAACCUCGGCCAAGACCUCCAGUCUGGGCUCUAUCUCUAGCCCAGGAAGUGCAAGUGGGGCCACCAGGCUAGGCCUUCUAGGGCAGAAGGGGCUCCGGCUCCCAGCUGAGGAACCUGUGGGCAGAGGGAAAACCCCAGAAGCUCCCAGAAGGAGCGCCCUGAAUGCAGGGGCCGGGAGAGACUCUUCCCGGCCCACCCCAGGAGUCCCCUCCCCAGCCAUCUCCCGUCGGACCCGAGGUGCGGGCGCUGAGGUGGGGCUUCCUCGGGCAGCCUCGAAUGCCCGUCCCCGGGCUCUGAUUGAGGUCCCCAGGAAAUCAGUGAGCAGCGCCCUAGAACGCAGCAGCACCGCGGAGCCGAGCUCUGCCGCCAGGAGGAGACCCAGCGCCGGCGGGGGCCUCCAGAGGCCAGCCUCGCGCCCCCUGGGCUCCAGCAUCACCCCUUUGUCCUCCCCAGCCCGCUCUGGGGCCUCGUUGGGUUUAACACCCCGAGCUCUGGGGCACCCUUCGCAACACAAGUCGAAAGGGCUGCAGGCUGUGCGCCCCCCGCAGGUCGCACCCCUAAGGAAGGGCGCAGCCAACUUGCAGAGCCUUUCUUCUUUGGCCUCAUCUCCUCCCUGUCCAAACGCACAACUGAUACAGCCUACCGAUAUCACAGCGACUCCUCUGCGGGAUGCGCUCCCGCCCUCUCCACCGACCACGCCUCCUUCCCAAGCACUUACACGUCCUUUGGCCACGCCCUUCCCACUAGCCCAUCCUCCCCGUGCUCCACUCUCUCUGCAGACCCUUCCCUCUCCGCCGGCCACACCCCCUUUGCAAGCUCCACCCACACACCUGAGUACCUCGUUACCCGAGGCACCGGCCUCUCCCACCGCCACUUUUCUGGCUCCGUUCUCUCCUGCAGGUUCACCCCCUCCGCAGAAUACGCCCCCCACCCAGACUUCUCCGUCUUUGUCCCCUCUUUUGACUCUCCCUUCUCCCUUGACCUCACCUCCUUUGUCAACCCCUCUGCCACCAGCCACGCCCCCUCUACAAACCCCUCUUUCUCAGGCAAGGUUUCUGGGGAACUCACCCUCUUGCCUAGCCACAGCCCCUCUGCAGGACUUUUCUGCUCUGAUCACGCCCCCCCCGCGGGCCAGUCCUAUGUCUCCGCCCCCUCUCCAGGCCACGCCCUAUACACUGGCCACGCUUCCCUCGCAGGACGCUCUGGCCACAUCCCUUCUACAGGCCCCUCCCUCCCCGCUAGCCACAUCCCCUCUUCAGGCCACUCCUUCUCCUCUGACCCUGCCCACUCUACAGGCCCCACCUUUUCUGGUCUCGUCAGCUCUGCAAGCCCCUCCUUCACUGGCCGCGCCCCCUCCACAGACUCCAUCUUCUCUGGAUACAUUCGCUCCGCAGGCCACUCCCUCUUCUCAGACCCUGCCCCCUCUAAAGGCCCCACAUUCUGUGGCCUCACCACCUCUGCAGGACACUUCCUCUCCGGCCAUGUCCCCUCUGCAGACAACACCUUUUCUAGGCUCGCCCCCUCUGCAAGCCAUGCCUUCUUUCCUGGCUGUGACCCCUAUGCAAACCCAACCUCUGGCCUUGCCCCCUCUGCAAGACCCUCCCUCUCCUCCCUUAACCCCUCUGCAAGACCCUCCCUCCCCCCUGCCCACGCCCCCUCCUCCGGCUCCACCUUCUUUGGCCUUGCCCCCUCGGAAGCUCCCACCCUCUCCCCCUGCCUCACCGACUCUGGAGGCACCUCCCUCUCCUCUGGCCACGCCCCUUCAAGCUCAACUUUCCUUGGCCUUGCCCCCUUUGCAGGCCCCCAGCUCUGCCCCUGCCUCACCCACUCUCCAGGCCCCACAUCGACCCCCGACCCCGGGUCCCGAUGCCCCGAUCCCGGGCUCACGGCUGACCCUGGCCCUGACUCCUGUUCCGCCGCCACCACCCUCUCGCAGUCCGUCCAGUACGCUGAGCGGCCCGGACCUGGCGGGCCACAGCAGCAGCGCCACAAGCACGCCGGAGGAGCUGCGCGGCUAUGACAGCGGGCCCGAGGGCGGCGCCACAGCCUCCCCUCCCGCCGACGCGGAGCUCGCCGCCUGCCACCCGGCCUCCUGGAGCCGAGGUCCCGCUCCGCCGCUGGCCGUUCGCGGUACCCCGGGAGCGUCCCUGCCUUGGCCUCCUGCUGCCGGGUCGGGCUCCGCUGACGGCCUGUGCACCAUCUACGAGGCUGAAGGGCCUGAGUCGGCGACCCCGGCCCCAGGCGAGCUGGAUCCCGGGCCCGGCGCGGGUGGUGGGAAGGCGGUGGCUGGGUCGGGGGCGGCCUCAUGCGGUCCGAAGCCAGCGCGCCUGGGCGAGCUGCCGCUGGGGGCGCUGCAGGCGAGCGUCGUGCAGCACCUGCUGAGCCGUACGCUGCUGUUAGCGGCGGCCGAAGGUGCGGCGGGCAGCAGUGGCGGUGGCCCGGGGAGCUCUGGGGGUGGCGGCAGCUCAGGAGGCGCCCGGACUACGCUCAGCGAUGCCGAACUGGGCCGGUGGGCUGAAUUGUUGUCUCCCCUGGACGAGUCCCGCGCCAGCAUCACGUCGGUCACCAGCUUCUCUCCAGACGACGUGGCUUCUCCGCAGGGUGACUGGACCGUGGUGGAGGUGGAGACCUUCCACUGAGCCGGACCCUAGGCCCGCCCACCACACUCCACCCCUGCCUUAGGAACCGCCCCUCCGGUUACGCCUCUUUGUCUUAGACCCCAGUUGACUCCUUUCAGUCCAGCACUGGGUGAAUUGGUCUCAGCCCCCUAGAGCCCUAGAAUUUUGGCGCAGGUUCGCGAUCCACCCACAUCUUUGGCCCAGGUCCUCCCCUUGAGCCCCGCCCCUUUAGCCUAGGCUAUGCUCCCACUCCUCUCGAGCCCCACCCCCUCCUUCGGCCUGGAUCAUACCCAGUGUCCAGUAUAUUGUCUACCGCUCGCAGCCCAGUUAGCAAUAAAGGCUGGACGCUGCA